ACAGCGGCGGCAGUACGAGUGCAGGCGUGGUGUCUGAGAUGCUGGUGGCUGGAGCUCGACUCGGAGUCCGGCUCCGACUGCAGCCGGAGGCCGCCAGACGGCUACGUCGCAAUUACAGCCAGGACCAUGGCAGCAGGGAAUCCCUCAAGAAGACAGUGCUGUAUGAAUUCCAUCGGAAUAAUGGAGCUCGAAUGGUGGAGUUUGCUGGGUGGAGUAUGCCUGUACAGUACAAGGACAGUCACAUCAGCUCUCACUUGCAUACCCGCCAGCACUGCUCUUUAUUUGAUGUAUCCCACAUGUUGCAGAGCAAGGUGAUGGGGAAGGAUCGAGUGAAAUUCAUGGAAAGUUUGGUCGUUGGAGAUAUUGCUGAGCUGAAGGACAACCAGGGUACACUGUCGCUCUUCACCAAUGAAAAAGGAGGGAUAAAGGAUGAUCUGAUAGUGACUCGGACUUCAGAUGGAUAUCUGUAUAUCGUAUCGAAUGCGGGCUGUGCUGACAAGGACUCUGCCCACAUGAAGGAGAAGCUGGCCGAGUUCAAAGCCGCCGGGAAUGAUGCUGACCUGGAGUUUCUGGAGGCGGGAUUGAUAGCUCUGCAAGGUCCAUCUGCAGCAAGCGUGCUGCAGGAGGGUGUGUCUGAUGAUCUUCAGAAACUGCCAUUCAUGUGGAGUGCCAUGAUGACUGUAUUUGGGGUGCCAGGCUGCAGAGUAACUCGUUGUGGCUACACUGGAGAGGAUGGGGUGGAGAUCUCAGUCCCUAUUGAGCGCACAGUGGAGCUGGCAGAGUCGCUGUUGAAGAACAGUGAGGUGAAACUUGCUGGCCUUGGGUCGAGGGAUAGCUUACGCCUGGAGGCUGGGCUUUGUCUGUAUGGAAAUGACAUUGAUGAGAACACCACUCCAGUGGAAGCAACACUUUUAUGGACCAUAGGAAAGCAGCGGAGAGCUGCUGCAGACUUUCCUGGAGCUGAGAUCAUCCUGAGACAGAUCAAAGAGAAAACUAAACGGAAACGAGUGGGUCUGACAUCGGCCGGGCCCCCAGUCAGGCAGCACACACCAAUUUUGAACCUUGAUGGAAAAGUCAUUGGGGAGGUAACGAGUGGAUGCCCCUCUCCCUGUCUGAAACAGAACGUUGCCAUGGGAUAUGUGGAGACAGAGUACAGCAAGCCAGGCACUCCAUUAAAGGUGGAGGUUCGGAAGAAGAUUGUGGAUGCUACUGUCUCCAAGAUGCCUUUUGUACCGUCUAAAUACUACACUGUGAAGUGACUGUCUCAUUUUCAGAUUGAGUGUAAAGCAUACUUUGAAGAGGAUGACUAGAUUUAAUUAGGAAUUUUUAAAUAUUUUUGUGGUUUUGUUUACAAAGGUUAGCUGUUGGCUUGUUCUGACCUCCUGUACUGCUGCAAUAGGACAUUGUGUGUGUUUUCAGAGGGAUGGACAAAAUUGCACUGGAUGAAGAACACUGGGAAAUCGUGUUUAUUUCUAUCUCCAUUUGAGCCUUGCUCCACCCAGCUGAUCAGCAUUCUGAUGCUCUCUGACGAAGGGUCUAGGCCCGAAGCAUCAGCUUUUGUGCUCCUGAGAUGCUGCUUGGCCUGCUGUGUUCAUCCAGCUCCACACUUUGUUAUCUUGGAUUCUCCAGCAUCUGCAGUUCCCAAUCUCUCUGAUCAGCAUUCAUCUUCCUUUGUGAAUCUAUGCCAGAGUCUGAGAGCAAGACCAAUGGAUAGUCAACAAACACUGCUAGUGGAUCAACAGCCAUCCCUUUGCGAUCGCAGAGACAUGCCAGGUGAAAAUUAAACCAGCUAAAAUCCUAACCAGCAGUUCAGCUGCAGAGUCCUGCGUAGCUGACAGCACACUGGAUUUUAUUUUUUGGAUCUUUCCAAGGACAGUAAAGCAGAAUUGAGAGUGUACAAAGGGCUCAAGUUGUGGGUAGGAUUCUUCAUCCAGACCUUUAAUUCAUGGGGCCAUGUGGGGGUCUGGCUUUUGGUUUUGCACUUCCUCCUUGACCACACGUGGCACGAUGGCUCAAUGGUUAGCCCUGCUGCCUCACAACACCAGGGACUGAGCUUUGAUUCCACCACCUGGUAACUGUGUAUAUGAAGUUUGCACAUCCUCCCCAUGUCUGUGUGGGUUUCCUCCAGGUGCCCCAGUUGUCUCCCACAGUCCAAAGAAGUGCAGGUGAGGUGGAUUAGCCAUGGGAAAUGCAGAGUUACAGCGAUAGGGUAGACAGGAGUGGGUCUGGGUGGGAUGCUUUUCAAAGGGUCAGGAUGGGUUCAAUGGGCUGAAUGACCUGCUCCCAUAAUAUAGGAAUUCUAUGCUGCCUUCUGAGUUCUGACCUCAGCACCUUGCACACUUGGCUAUUUAAUGUGCACUGUGGGAUGGUGAAAAUUCAAGGGACAUUUUGAGCAGAGACAAUACCACGAUGCCACUCAGUCCUCUGUACCAGCGAGUAGCAAGUAACAGCCAUUCGCCAGUUGCCCCUGUCUCUCUGUCCUUCCCUACACCAUCCUGAGUUUGAGCCUAACAGUUGCCCUGCUGACCCUGAUUCACUACAAACAAGGAGUCCAUGGGGCUCAGUGGGAACUGGUUGUACUACAAACUGAGCCCUUGCAGAAGACCAUCAGGCUGCAAUCUCUGAUGGCACCUCAUCACCCCCUGCAGCAGCUGCUCCUCAGUAGGAUUUGAGAGUGACAAUGAAGUGACUUCCAGUCUUCGUCUAACAGUCUCAAGAAAAUUUUUAAUCCACCUGUUCAGAGAUGCUAUUACACACCUCUAGAGCAGGUGGGACAUGUACCUGGACUUCCUGGUCUGUAGAUAGGAUCACUAGCACUGCAUCAUAAGAGCCCCUACCAACAAUCUCAACACAAUGAGAAGUCAUUGUCACUAGCUGUGCCUGUGGGAGCAGGGAUGAUUACCUUUAUUUCUGAAAACUAACCUUUGUGGACAAAGCUUAGAUACUGCAGCUAUAAAUCAAUGUGGAAUGCUUACUAAUGAAACUAAUUAUAAUUUAAUCACUAAAAAGGGUGCUAAUGACACUACACCAACUAUCAACGUUGCCAAAUAUUUGCUGCAAUAACUGAAUAAUGAGCCAUUUUCUAGUUGGGUGUUAUUGAAACAGAUAUGUGAUGAUGAUGGCUAAUUUCAUACCUACAGCUUAUGUAAUGAAUAAUGUGUUUACAAACUGUAGUUGGAGGUGGCCUGAUCUCAGUACAGAAAACAAGGUGUAGAGCUGGAUGAACACAGCAGGCCAAGCAGCAUCAGAGAAGCAGGAAGGCUGAUGUUUCGGGCCUAGAUGGUCCUUCAGAAGUGAAGAAAUGGGACUAGGACAGAAACAUCAGCCUUCCUGGUCCUCUGAUACUGCUUGGCCUGCUGUGUUCAUCCAACUCUACACCUUGUUACCUCAGAUUCUCCAGCAUCUGCAGUUCCUACUAUCCCUUGAGUAAAUGCUGCUUCUUUUUAAGUUUCAGGAAAUACAGCAGUAAACUAACAAAAUAUAGUAACGGGUAUUGAGUGGAGAAGGACUGUCUUAAACUUGUCUGAAAAAGAUACCCUCCGUGUUUGACUAACCAGCCUCAUCUCCUUCACUACCUCAGCCUUUCCCAGAACCUCCCUCCUCACUUAAUUUGACGACCUAAAUUCCAAACACCCUGCUUUCCUCAGGCUCCUUCCCUCCAAGUUUCCCCCUUCCCCUCAAGCAACUGUCAUCCAGAAUCCUCACGUUUUUUUACAAAUUCCUUGCUCCUCGGCCUUCUUCCCUCCAAACUCCUUGCUUUUCUCAGUCUCAUUCUCUCAAGUUCCCCAUUUCCCUUAGGCACCUUCACUUCACGCUUCUCACUUGCUUCGGGCACUUUCCCUCCAAAUUCCUUGCCUUCCUUCACCUUACUUCCCCUUCUGAUCUGGAGACUUUAAAACGUAAACCUCAACAUCACUGGGACACACGUUCCUGAUUCGUCUCCUUUCCCUGCUCCUUCCAGCCACGAUCAUAUCAUGAGCUUCGGGCAUACAAUUCUCCAUUUCAAAAAUCGUACUUUGCAACACUAUAUUUGAUGGAUGCUAUUUGAUAAUUGCUCUAUUGGUAUUAAGCCAAGCAUCUGACAUAUUUUAAUUAAAGUAUUUGUUUAA